AUGCAAUCUCGCCAACAGUCACCGAAGGCAAGCGGCACCGAUGACUCGGAGGGCACGGAUGGCAUUGAGCAGGUCAAAAACGUUGUUCCACAGCUACCCCAGUAUCUUCACAGGGCGGUGGAAGGAUUUGCCCCGCAGGAUGGAUUUACGGUGGGCAAAUUUUCGGUUACGUUCGAGCUGGGCUCCAACAAAGGUGAUGGGUUCGUUGGACAGUUGUUUAAAGCCAUCGUAACGGAAAGUGACCGGAAGAGCGAGUAUCUGUGCAAGAUCCCACCGCUGGACGAUGCACGCCGUGAACAGUUUCAUUCGAUGACGGCCUUCGCCCGUGAAGCGUUAGUGUAUGCAGACAUUCUACCGAAGAUCUACGAGUAUCAACGAGCGAAGGGUUUAACAAGCCCCGGGGAGGGAUUCUUCCAUGCCCCUCGGUGCUACCAUGCAUAUUGUGACGAGGCAGCGCAAGAAUCGGUUAUCCUGAUGGAGGACCUUCGGUUGCGCAACUUCCAGAUGUGGAACAAACACAAUCCGAUCGACCACGAUCAUGCGAAGCUCGUCAUGGAGCACAUCGGAAGGCUACACGCCGUUUCACUGGCCAUGAAACGGGACCGACCGGAGGAGUUCGAGGCGUACAAGUUAUCCAACACGUUGGAUAUAUAUUUCGAAGCGGAGGGACCGUUCCGGAACAUGGUUCUGUCGCAGAUGCAGAUGGCGAUCGAUGCACUAGAGGAGCACGAUCACGUUGGGCGACAGAAAUUAGAGGCACUAAAGCCGAACACAUUCCGAGAAUUGAAACGCUGCAGUGACACUAAGCUGGCCGAACCAUACAGCGUUAUCCGACACGGUGACUGCUGGUCAAACAACAUAAUGUUCCGGUACGAGGAUGGAGCCCCGAAAGAGAUGGUCUUGGUCGAUUGGCAAAAUGUGAGCUACGUGUCACCUGCUCAGGAUAUCGUGUAUUUCAUCUACUCCUGUACGGACGAGGCAUUUAGGGAGAGGUACUACUUCGAAAUGAUCGACAUUUACUACCGUUCGUUAUCAGCCACGCUCGAGAAGCUUCAGCACGACGCGAAUGAGCUAUUUCCCCGGAGUGCACUGGAUGAACAGCUUCGCCAGUACGGAGGCUAUGGCUUCCUUAUGGCGAUCUUUCUCAUCCCUAUGAUGUGCACCCGAAACGAAGAGCUGCCCGACUUUGAGGAGCGGGCACAUAAGAUGCAGAGCACGGACCAGCAACUAAACGAAAGCUUCUUCAGCACUUCCGAGUCCAGCCACGAUGCGUACACUACCAGAAUGCGCGGUGUCGUGAGGGACUGCAUCCGUUACGGCUACCUGUAACCGAAAAGGCUCGAUAUUCAGAA